UGCAGUGACGGUGACGGGCAACUGUCGUUGGAUGACUUGCCUACCGUUGUUCUCAGAGACGCGCUAGUUUCCAUGGGAAAAGGGAAAUGCACAUAAGCGUCUAAUCACUCCGCUCGUUCUCGCAAUAGGCUAUAGUCUUUGACACCGACAAGGCAACAACAUAAACAACAAUAUGACGUGAAGCCCAUUGCUUUUGGAGUUCGUGGACUCAUUAGGACGGGUGUGAAACCAUAGGCUACAGGUGUUGGCGAAGCACGGUAACGGUCGCAUGUUUGCGUUUUAACUGAACGAACCAGUUAACAAAUGUAAUGGAAAUGACCAGAAUUGAGGUUUGAUACAAAGUUCUAUACAAAAUGUAAACGUGACAUAGGCUGCAGAGUACAAAUAUGAAGAUGGUACCCUCAUAUGCAUCAGGGGUAUGGGAAAAUAAUUUUCCUUACAAAUUCAGUCCAUGACAGUCCUCUCUGAAUCUAAAACUAAAUUGCUGAUGGAGAAAUACGAGAAACUGGCCAAGAUCGGAGAGGGAUCCUACGGCGUGGUUUUCAAAUGCAGACACAGAGACAGUGGCCAGAUAGUUGCCAUCAAGAAGUUUGUUGAGUCAGAAGACGAUCCAGUCAUCAAGAAGAUAGCACUCAGAGAAAUACGUAUGCUGAAGCAGCUGAAGCACGUGAACCUGGUAAACCUCCUGGAGGUGUUCCGGAGGAAGAGACGUCUUCAUCUGGUGUUUGAGUUCUGUGAGCAGACUGUUCUCAACGAGCUAGACAAACACCCCAGAGGGUACGUUUGUCUUCAUCUCUCUCGUUUAAUGACAGAUAGUCUUAGUGUCCCUGAGGCUCAGUUGAAGAGUAUAGUUUGGCAGACUUUACAGGCAGUGAACUUCUGUCACAGACACAACUGUAUCCACCGCGACGUGAAGCCAGAGAACAUCCUACUCACAAAGACGGGAGUGAUCAAGCUCUGCGACUUCGGCUUUGCCAGGAUCCUCACGGGGCCAGGGGACGAAUACACAGACUACGUGGCGACCCGCUGGUACCGUGCUCCAGAGCUGCUGGUGGGUGAUACCCAAUACGGCCCGGCAGUGGAUGUGUGGGCGCUGGGGUGCGUCUUCGCAGAGCUUCUCCACGGGAACCCCCUCUGGCCCGGAAGAUCGGAUGUAGACCAGCUGUACCUCAUCAGGAGAACACUAGGCGACCUCAUCCCGCGCCACCAGCAGGUGUUCCGCUCCAACGUGUUCUUCAGCGGAGUCAGCAUCCCUGAGCCUGACACCACGGAGCCCCUGGAGAAGCGCUUUCAUGCCGUGCCUCCACACGCGCUCACCGUCAUGAAGUCGUGCCUGGUGAUGGACCCUUCCCUGCGCCUGUCCUGUGAGGAGCUGCUGGAGCUGCCUUACUUCCAGGAAGACGGAGGAGGCAGCUGGGGCCGCGAGGGCGAGCGUCCAGGGAGACGCCAUGACAAGGGCACCAGGCGCAGGCAGGCAGGGCCUCAGUAUCUGCCUCAACUGCAAAGCAGCAACAUCUCACCAGCACCUGAUAUCAAGAAACAAGUCAAACACAGAUAUGACCAUCACCUCCCCAACAUCUAACACGGAGACCGGGGAAACACGAAACUCUGAAUUCCAAAAGAAAAAAAGAGUGACCAUAUGAGAGAAUAGUUGUUGUGCACUGUCAGGCCUUGGGUAGCGAUGUGUGUGUGUGUGUGUAUGACAGAGUGAGUAGUUUUGGGGGUAAAGAGUGUUUAAUCUUUAAAUGGGAAGACUGCACUUUAGAUAAAUAAGUUAAUGUGUUACGGUUUAAAGGACGUUGAUUAGUUGUUGUCGGGUAACUACUCGAUUAACAAAAGUAAAGCUGCAGAAAAUGUGUUAGAUUAGUGAGUAGAAAGGAGAAGUUAGUAGCCUGUUAUGCUCAGAAUGUUGCUUAAGCCAGGCUAUAGUGUCACUACAAAAAAACAUUGUUUUUUUUCAACAAAUAUCACUGGUGUGCCAACAUCUCUGGGAGAAAUGCACUAUAUAUAUAUAUAUCAUUAUAAUUUAAACCGAUACUUUCUUCUUCCAGUUGGACAUUAUAUAGACAGUCUUUUAAAUAAUUGAUUUAAUCCCCAUCAAUUAAGUUAGUAAUUGAUGUAUCUUAUUAAUAGUGGAUAGUUAGGAAAAUAUACAACAAUUUUGACAAAUGUACAUUAUAUUUCAAAAACAUUCCCUUUUUCUUAAUAAUAUCCAUUCUGUGUAAUAAAGUUCAUAUUGACAUCAAUAGACAAGUAGGAAAAUUGUAUAAUAUUUAAUAAAAUCUAUGAUGAAAGUAUAUAUAUUGUGUUGG